AUGUCAUCCGCCGUGGCACACCAGAAUGGUUCCGCAGGCUUACGGCCACGUGCGGUUCCUGACGCAAGGAAGGACGACGACGCUCUGCUCUCCUCUCAGGUAGAGAAGCUGGAUAACGAGUCAAGCGGCCGGUCGACCCCUAUCCCUGAAGAUGCCCCUCCGUCUGCGCAUUCGAUAUCCACGGCCAGGAAACAGGCUAGAGCUCGAAAUCGGCUCUUCUACACAAUCAAUUAUGUCCCGCGAGUGUCGCACUUUGACCCGCGAAGCGACUACCAUAAUUUUCGCGGCUUCUUUACCCUGUUCUGGAUCGGGUUGUUUAUCAUGGUUGUGACGACAGUUUUGCGCAACAUCAAAGACACCGGGUAUCCCCUGCGAGUCAGAGUCUGGGCGCUUCUGAGCGCCAACGUAUGGUCGCUGGGCUUCAGCGAUCUCGCUAUGGUAAGUAGUAGUGGAUUCGUGAUUCCACUCCAAUACCUUUCUCGGACCAAAGGUUGGUUUCGAUGGGAGCGGGGGGGCAUUGUUCUACAGAGCAUCUUUGAGGCAAUCUGGCUGAGCGUGUGGAUCAAGUGGCCGUUCAUGCUGCAAUGGACAUGGACCGCUCAGGUCUUCUUUACCCUCCACACCCUGACGAUUCUCAUGAAGAUUCACUCUUAUGCCUUCUAUAACGGCCAUCUCAGCGCAACAGAACGCCGACUUUCCGCUCUUGACAAGCCCGGAUCAGCGUCGAUGGACGCGGCCGUCCGGUAUCCCGAAGUCUCGUCCCCUAAGCAGCCGCUGCGCAGACCUAGUACUCAUGGAGCUUCGAGCUCUGUGACGCAACUGCGCGACGACUUAGCUACCGAGUUGACAUCUCCCAUGGGAAAUGUGACGUAUCCCCAAAACCUCACUCUCCCCAACUAUAUCGACUUCAUUUUCUGCCCUACACUCUGCUACGAGCUAGAAUACCCCCGGAACAAGGAACGCUCCUGGAUGGAAGUCGGCCUGAAAACCAUAGCCGUCUUUGGCUGCAUCUUCCUAUUAACGCUCACCAGCGAAGAGUUCAUCCUCCCAGUCCUUACCGAGGCAGGAGUCCGCCUGCACGCCACGAGCAGCCUCGCAGAAGCAGCCCUCGUCAUGGCAGAAGCAAUCAGCAUGCUCCUAUUCCCCUUCAUGAUCACCUUCCUUCUCGUCUUCCUAGUGAUCUUUGAAUACCUCCUCGGCGCAUUCGCAGAACUCACCUGCUUCGCCGAUCGCCACUUCUACUCGGACUGGUGGAACUCGUGCGACUGGCUCGAGUUUUCGCGCGAGUGGAAUAUCCCCGUCCACCACUUCCUCCGCAGACACGUCUACCAUUCUUCCCUCUCACACUUUUCUCAACCUGUCGCUAUGUUCAUCACUUUCCUUGUUAGUUCCAUCUUCCAUGAGCUGGUCAUGAGCUGCAUCACGAAGAAGCUCCGCGGGUACGGGUUCCUAGCUAUGAUGCUACAGCUCCCUAUCAUUGCUAUUCAGAAGUCCAAGUACUUCCGUGACAAGACGACUCUGAAUAACGUCUUCUUCUGGCUCUCGAUGAUCUUCGGUCUCUCUCUGAUGUGCACUUUGUACGUUCUUGUCUAA